AUGUACUUCCAGUCGCGUGUAUCCACAACCUCCGUCUACGAAUUUCUGUUCGCCGAGGACUGCGUCCUCAAUGUAACUACUGAAGGAGACAUGCAAAGGAGCGUGGAUCUCUUCUCCGCUGCCUGCUAGAACUUCGGUCUUGUCAUCAACCUGGAGAAGACAGUGGUCAUGCACCAACCGCCACCCAGCACAGCCUCCCCCAAAGCGCCGCAAAUCAGCGUGAACGGAACUGCAAGUGAUGGAGAACUCCCCGUAUCUGGGCAGCACCCUCUCCCGCGGUACAAAAAUCGACAAUGAAGCGGCCGCCGGAUUUCGAAGGCCAGUCAAACCUUCGGCCGUCUUCAACACAUAGUUUUGAAUCGUCACGGUCUUCAGCUCAGCAAGAAACAGAAGAAUUACACGGCCGUCAUCCUACCGACCUUGCUGUAUGGAGCAGAAACCUGGACGGUGUAAAUGAAGCAGGCACAUAGACUUAACCACUUCCACCUCAGUUGUCUUCGGCAAAUACUGAAGCUGAGGUGGCAGGACCGAAUCCCAGACACGGACGCACUAGAGCGGACCUCGGCAUCUACGCUAUGCUGAGCCACCUACAACUAUGCUGAAGCGGCCACCUCGUACGGAUGGAUGACGAGAGGCUACCCAAACGACUCCUCUAUGGAGAUGCCGCGACGGAUCCACGCCGACAAGCAGGUCAGGUCCGGAGCUACAAGGAUACUUUGAAAACCUCCCUGAAGUGCUUGCUGACCAACCGGACAAACUGGGAAGAUCUCGCUCGGGACCGGCCUACGUGGAGGAGAACAGUGAAGACGGGCGCAGCAAUCUUCGAAGCCAUCCGCAUCACCACCGCCGAACCCAAACUCAAAUCCUAGUUGCCACCGCCGCCUAACAACGCCAGCGCUCAACCGCCUCCAAAAGUCUCACGAUGUCAACAGACCUUUCGGGCGCCAAUUCGACUUGUUGGACACCUCCGGACCAACUGCAGCACUCGGACCGCAUCAACGGUCGUCUCUCCGUCCACCUCUCCCUCACCUCCCACGCCGCCAACUAACGUUGACCGCCCUCCCGAACCACCACUGCCAUCCUCCUCCUCCUCCACCGCCUCAACGUCUGUCGCUGUGGCGUCUGCCAUACCGGUCAACAGUACGCAAUCCUGA